AGGGAAGUUUUGGGAAAUGCUGCAACGUCUUUCUCUGACUUCCAGAAUGCAUCUGCUGUUCGCUGGUACGGUAUAUGGGUACGUUAACAUGCGACAAGACAAUCUUUUGAGCGUGCGUGAUGAUAUAUUCUUCCACGGAGUCAUAGCAGCUGGUUCUUUCAAGUUCGGUUCCAACUUCCCGAGCUUCACAACAGGCUAUUAAAAUUAGGUGUUCUCUCUCAGACUCAUUCAGCCCCCAGCUGUCGACGCUCGUCCGCUGUCGCACUGAAAUGCAGACUCCCUUCCAAAACAUGAUUUUUCCUACAUUGACCGCGGCACACCGCAGAUCUAUCAUGAUUGCAUUCAUCACUGUGUUGUGUGUGUAUUAUUUUGUGACUAUUAGUCCUGAAGGCGGCUACUUGUCUUCCAAAUUUUUGUCCACAAAGCAGUCAAUAUCCAAGGAUUCUGCGAGUGUUUUGAAUGCUGCACAGAUGGAGGAGACCCUAUUCGAUUUGGCUCCGAGUUCAGCAGAAAGCAAACCACCACACUCCCUCGGCAACAUCAUUCCACACGACUCUUCCACUCCUCACCGAGCCAAUGCUACGUUGGUGAUGCUGGCUCGUAACACUGAUAUCGCCGGCGUGAUAUGGAGUGUAGAACAGUUGGAGGCGAAAUUCAAUCGCAAAUUCAAUUAUCCCUGGGUGUUUCUGAACGAUGAACCCUUCUCUUAUGAGUUCAAAAGGCGUGUUAAAGUGUUGACUAACGCGGACGUAUCAUUUGGGCUCAUCCCUCACGAAACUUGGGUGCAGCCGUCCUGGAUAGAUGAAGAACGAGCUCGGAGGGGACGCAAUAUGCUAACAAAGGAGGGCGUGAUUUAUGGCGGCUGCGCCUCAUCCUUGGUAAUUAGUUACCGUAAUAUGUGUCGGUUUAACUCAGGGUUCUUUUUCCACCAUGAGCUCUUAACGCCAUACAAAUGGUACUGGAGAGUAGAACCCGACGUGAGAUUUUACUGUGACCUUGAAUAUGACCCUUUUGUAUUUAUGGAAAAUCAUGACAAAAUUUAUGGCUUCACCAUCUCAAUGCCAGAAUUAGAAUCAACUAUAACCUCGUUGUGGUCCGUGGUGAAAGAAUUCAUCUCGGACCACCCUGAAUAUCUGUCACCAAACAACUCAAUGGAUUUUAUAUCCGAAGACGCAGGCGAUUCCUACAACACGUGUCACUUUUGGUCAAACUUUGAAAUCGCCGAUAUGGAUUUCUGGAGGAGCGAAGCUUACACAAAAUUCUUUAACUAUCUCGAGAACACAGGGGGGUUUUACUAUGAGAGAUGGGGAGAUGCACCUGUUCAUAGCAUCGCCGCAGCCUUAUUCGCACGCAAGGAUCAACUACAUUUCUUCAAAGAUAUAGGUUAUAAACACGCUGAAUUUUCUCACUGCCCCCAGGGUAGACAGUGGCGGGAAGGACACUGCUCGUGCAAUCCAAACGAUAGCUUCGAUUUUGCGCAAAAUUCGUGCUUGAGGCAUUUCAUGCGGUUGGACGACGGUUGGAUAUUCAAUUGAGGGCAGACGCCACGAUGUAUUUCCACCAUACGUUACUUCACAUACUAUAAUCCUUUUUCAGCUGCAGGAUAUAUAGACUUUUUAUUCUUCCCUCUUAUAUACUGUUCCACACUCGUGGAGCUGUACCAUCUUUUGUUCAGGCGGAAUACACCCUGAACGACAAGGG